UUAAUGAGGAAUGCAUAGCGUUCAAUUCAUACAUAUAAAUUUAAUGACCCAUAUAUCUAUCUACAUGUAUUACCAGUGUUUUAUUCAUUACUAUAAAGAAUGUAUGGAUGAAAACACUUUCAAUGGAACAUGCUCCAGACGUUAUGUUAUACUGUUGGAUAGAUAUUGGAAAUGAACAUAAUAUGGAUUAGUAAAAACUCAGAAUAAGUCAGAUCUAAUUAUAUAUAUUUUCAAUCAAUUGGUAAUAAAAUUAGAAGAUGGAAAGGGAAUCAAAGCUUAAGAAUGGAUUAAAUGGGAAAACGUUCAGUUCUAAUGAUAAAGUUGAACAAAUGUCAGUUAGUGCUGAUUCCACAAUGCUAAAUAAAGAUAAGGACGAAGAUGCACUACAUGAUGUAACUGAAGAUGUUGAGGGAUGUGAAAGUUGGGCUCCAGAGGACAAGACUUGGGCUCCUGUAGAUAAGGGUUGGGCGUGGGUCAUCCUUGCAG